ACUUCCAGGGUCGUAUCGUUCGUACGUCCGCUUUCGGUAACACAUUUCCAGGCUCAUUUCCCUGAUUCACCCCCCCCAUAAUUUGCACACUGGGCGUUGAGCUCAGUCUUCUCCAAACUAAACCCCCUUUAACACCUGUAAACAUCUGUAAAACCUCUAGAGCCGCUGUAAAAGCUGCAGCCAUGCGGGUGUUGGUGCUGUUCGCGGUGGCCGUGCUCUCCCUGAGCCCGGCGGCAGUGAGCGGAGCCGAGAAAAAGAAGCUGCAGAUCGGCAUCAAGAAGCGGGUGGACAACUGCCCCAUCAAGUCCCGCAAAGGAGACGUGCUCAACAUGCACUACACGGGAAAGCUGGAGGACGGCACCGAGUUUGACAGCAGCAUCCCCCGAGACAGGCCCUUCACCUUCACCCUGGGCACCGGCCAGGUGAUCAAAGGCUGGGAUCAGGGCCUGCUGGGAAUGUGCGAGGGGGAGAAGAGGAAGCUGGUUAUUCCCUCCGAGCUCGGAUACGGAGACCGGGGAGCUCCUCCGAAGAUCCCCGGUGGAGCGACGCUCAUCUUCGAGGUGGAGCUGCUGAGCAUCGAGAGGAGAUCCGACCUUUGAUGGAGAAAGAGAGGGGGGGAAAGGAGAAGGCAACUUUCAAAACGUUCCAGGAGCAUAAAGUAGAGAUCCUCUGACCUCUGAUGAAGACUACAUGGCAAAUCUGGGAGUAGAGUUGGCAACCCCCCGCGGCAGAGCCACUUAUAGUUAUGCUCCGUUUUUAUUGGUUUUACUGAUGUUAUUAUGAUACAAGAACUGACUGUAUGUCUCUGUUAAACAUUAGUAGAAUUGACAGUGAGCAGCUAAGACCAGUAUUUGACCGUGGGCUGACGAUAACGUUGUGUCCUGCCGUUUCAUCUCACUUUUGUUUUUCAGUUUCUGUGAUUUAUAAGCCGGUUCAUUUAUAUCUUUAUAGUCUUUCCACACACACAGAUAAAUAAAAAUGUAGGUUGUUAUUAAGUCAGAAGUCAGACGGGGGACAGAUUAGGAUAAAUGUUUUUGUUUACUUUGAAUAUUUGAAUUAUGAUAAUAAAAUGUUGACCUUACUAGAAA